AUGGCUAGCUCUGGAACAGCGCCAAUGGCAACGGACGAUGCUCCUACUACUCAAUCAUCUACAGAUUCGGCCACAGGUUCACGAAAACGUUUCGAGGUUAAGAAAUGGAAUGCUGUUACACUGUGGGCGUGGGAUAUUGUCGUUGAUAAUUGCGCCAUAUGUCGUAAUCAUAUUAUGGAUUUAUGUAUUGAAUGUCAAGCAAAUCAAGCGGCGGCGACCAGCGAAGAAUGUACAGUUGCAUGGGGUGUUUGUAAUCAUGCUUUUCAUUUCCAUUGUAUAUCACGAUGGCUGAAAACACGUCAAGUCUGUCCAUUAGACAACCGGGAAUGGGAAUUUCAAAAGUAUGGACGGUAG